AUGUACAUUCUAACAGCUAAAGGAACACCCAUACUCGCAAACAGCGAAACGAGCGAAAUCACAGAAAUCCUAGACGAAGACUUUGAAGAGACAACCACGAGAAUCAACACCAAUCACGACGACAAACCAGGGACACAAGGGACAGAACCACGGCCGGACGAGCAGAAACAGCCGGCAGGGAAGGGAACAACACCCCCGCAAACCACCGAACCCGAACCCGAACCAAGCCCGAAGCCAACUACAAGCGGACCACGGUGUGAAAACAACCGGAACAACACCCCGAAAGAAACCAACACAGGAAACAACCUACCGGACACACAACUCGAAACCCCGGACCGACACCCCGGAACCAGAACGCACCAAAAGCAGAACACAGAUCAGAGUCCACAUCCUUAG